GUGUGUAUGAAACGCCGGAAUUUUCCUUUGCUACCAUUCCUCCUCCCAGCUGCAUGGUUCCAUCGAGCUGUGCCACGUGCCGCAAACAAACCUUUCGCGACUCGGAAUGUGAUGGCGCGAGAGUGACUCGGACGGAAAUUGGUGUGCAUCUUCCUGGCACCGGUGUGCCAGCCGCCGGCAGACGAAUAAUCCUCUCAACUAACCAAUCAGUCCACACAACUUCACAUUCUUCCUUUAUUUUAGUUGUCAGUUACAAAGACUGUUUGCUAUCUGAAACAACCAGAGUGGCAUUUCUACAGUUUGCUGUUAAUACUAGCUUAACUAUACCGGCUUUCAAAUCGCUUUGUUCAUUUGUGUGGGUCAUGGUUUUGAUUUAAAAUGUGUUUUCCCUCCUCCCCUUGUGAUAAUAUCGUCAAAGCAAAUUGGCCGCUGAAUUUGCCACAUUUUUAUUUGCGGUUUGAGGUGACUGUAGUUUCGAGAAAUAUUUCUCCUUUUUGAGAAAUCUUGUUUUCAUUUCAUUGGUUUGUUCAACUAUUCAUUUAAAACUUGUAAUCUCAUUCAUGCCAUGUAUAGCUCAGUAGUCAUUCAACCACUUUUUUUCUCUUAAUUUUUUGCCCCUGGGAAAACAAAUGUAAGAAUAGACGGGUAUGAAUAUCCCCCAGAACGAUCUUUGUGAAAUUCAUGCACUGGAUUUUAGAAUGAUAACUUUAAUAUGUACAUUUUGUUUGAGGACGUUCUACUUAGGUUAGAGGAAAUUCCGUUGUGUCAUACUGCUUUUGCUCUCUGAGUUAAUAUCAUCGAGAUAGAGGACUCAUCUGUGCCGUUAUAGCGUUUGUGACUGCAUGGGCAGCGCCGUUGAGACCUCCAUUUUGAGGUAGUCAUUUUUCUUCUUCACAAUUGGCAGAUCCCUUCUGAUUACCCGGUUGGACACAACUCCAACAUGGUCACCAGGAGGGAUCAACCAAUAAAGUGGAAGUCCCACCCAGUUGUCUACAUUAAAAUGGUGGAAGCCCUCCAUGGUGCUGCCCAUGCCAAAACUGCUUUUUAGCCACUAGAGGCCUCUAUCAUUCUCUGGUUAAUAUCUGCUGUCACAAUGACAGUCAUUAUCCCAAAACAACAUUCCAGCUUUAGAAUUAUUUUGGGCGUAUUUGCAGGGUUAAAAACUAUCGGAAAUAUGGCAGUAAACUUGCUUUGCCAGUAAUAACCUUCCUAACCAAAAAGAAGCAAUCGGUUGGUACUCAUUGGAACAAUGCAUGUUUAAUGCACUUCCAAGAGUAACUAUUUUUGCAGGAUUAGGAUGGCCCAAUCUGAAAUACACCAAUUCAAGAGGCUUGUAUCAAUAUCUAAAUAUUGUUUCUAACAAAUCAAGCUUUAAUAAUCCAACUUGUCCUCUAUUAAUUGAAUAUUUAUUACUAGACAUAAACAUGUUGAAUACAGUAAAUAACAUGAGCGUAAUUGGCGUUGCUGUCAUGACAUCACCAUUGAUAUGUAAUGGCCUCUAGUCUAAUCACUUUCUUAGGGUGCCUUAGUCUGCAUUUAGAUGGGCAGCCCAAUUCUGAUAUACAAAAAGAGCUGAUGUGAAAAGAUCUGUUAUUGGUCAAAAGACCAAUUAGUGGGGAAAAUAUCAGAAAUAGGCAGGCUGUCCAAACAGAACAUCAGUCUGCUCAGUUCUUCUGGGAAUUGUUGUAGUUUGUAUAUUUCCUACAGUCAAAGCGUGUACGUUUUAUGCAUUUUAUUUUUUAAUAAACCCAAAUUUAUUUUGGUGAGAAUUAUAUAUUUUUUUUAUCCUCUCUUCAGACCACAUCCAUACUUUUUCCACACCAACACUUGAUAAUGCAUUGUCAAUACUUUUCUGAUACAUACUAAGUCAAGAAUGAAAGAAAAAAAACAUUGUCCUUUCGGCCAAUCAAUAGGUCUGAUUUUGCCUUGUGAGGGGAAGGGUAGAGAUUGUGCUGUAGGUAGCAGAGGAGCCAUUUCACCUCUUCGGAAACUAGUGGCGUCCACCGUGAAAGCGGGAGCAUCACCAUGGUGAAAAUCUUCAUCGGGAACUUGUCUCCAGACACCACGGCAGAGGAGUUGCGUUCCCUCUUCUCCCAGUAUGGAAAGGUCUCAGAGUGUGACAUCGUCAAGAACUUUGGCUUUGUGCACAUGAAUGUCAAAGCCGAAGCGGAGGAGGCCAUCAAGAACCUCCACCACUAUGAGCUCAACGGGGAGCAGAUGAACGUGGAGAUGAGCCGCGGCAGACCCAAAGCCUCCACCAAGCUGCACGUGGGCAAUAUCAACAGCAGCUGCACCAACCAAGAGCUGCGUGCCAAGUUUGAGGAGUACGGCCCCGUGGUGGAGUGUGACAUAGUCAAGGACUACGCCUUUGUCCACUUGGAGCGUGUGGAGGAUGCCAUGGAGGCCAUCAGUGGAUUGGACAACACAGCCUUCCAAGGCAAACUGAUGAGCGUGAAGCUUUCGACUAGCCGCCUGCGUACUGCGCCGGGCAUGGGAGAGAGGACGGGUUGUUAUCGGUGCGGGCAGGAAGGCCACUGGUCCAAAGAGUGCCCGCUCGACACGUUGGGCAACUACAGAGAGGGUGCUGAGCCAAGCUCUGACGGAUUCAAUGGCGGUGCCCCUAGGUUCGGCGGGGGCAGUCGCGGUGGCCGCGGUUAUCACCGGGGCUUGAGUGGCAGCAAUCCAGGUUACAGUGGCGGUGAUCCAGGUUACAGUGGAAGCUAUGCUCCCGCGCACGGCUUCGGCAGCAGGGAGUCUGCUUACGGCAGCGGCCGUGUGCCCGUGUACGGCAGGGGCGCAGGCUACGAGAGCGCAUUGAGUUACGGGGUCCCGCCGGGUUACGGAAUGAGCGCCGCCGAACAUAGCAUGGCCCGGGUGUACGCCAGCGAGGCAGCGUACGGAGGCAGCAGCUGGAGCCACGGCGUGGUCCCAGCCUACCCUGUGCGCCGGUCAUCGUAUGAGGACCGGGAUCCGUAUGGCGCCGUGGACUUCUACGAGAAGUACCGGGCUCGCCCGUAUGGAGGCAGUUAUUUCGAAGAGCGCCGGUCUGUCCCUUUGCCCGGCCCACCUCCCCCUUCCUCCUCGGCCAUAAUGAGGGAGCGCCUGCCACCCUCUAGCCUCGACCUAUACGAGCGCCGUCCCCUCCCUUCUCCACCAGCCCCCCUCUCCUCAUACUAUUCCCGCGACCGGAGCCCGAUCCGGCGAAUCCCUACCGAGGCCUACGCAUACGAGCGCGCGCGCCUCUCCCCGGUGUCCUCCCUCCCCAGAAGCUCGGCUUACGACAUCCCGCGGGACCCCUAUGCCGAGCGGGCGCGCUAUGCUUACUAACCUUUCUCCCUCUUGUCCAGGUGAGACCUGAUUAGCUUUCACAGGUUAGCGUGAUUAAGUUCCCAGGGAACUAGUAUUAAUGUAAACACUGGGUGUUUGAUAGUUUAUCUCCUAGGUAACGUCCUAGGUAAACGUCAGGUUUUCUGUCUUGACAUAGGUUGAUAAGUCUGAUGCCCAUCAAGCUUGUUGAUUAAAUAGAAGAGAAUGCAUGCCGUAGAACUUGAAUGCAACUUGUGGGUGACCAUGUUACUAUUUGGUAUGCUCUCUUUUCAGGUAUCGCGACAGUCUCGUGCUCGGUUGACCAUCUUUGUUUCGUCUCACAAUGCAUUCGAUUGUGGGACUGUGAAAGUGCAGACGUUUAGC